GGAAAAAAAGAAAAUUUCGAAACCAAUCCAAUUGAGACGUGGAAACCAUUAUCAGGUGACAAGAAAGAAGUGCCCAGGUAUAUACAUAUUCAUAUACUUGCAAACAUCGUAGGCGUCACACAUUAGCUGCGUCUGGAUCAUCAUCAACCCACCACAAGAGACGCGGGCUGUAGCAGCAUACGCAAUCCUCGCCAGUCACUGUGGCUUAUAGCUGAGCUUCGGCACUACGUGCAGAAAAAGAGGCUUGCUUGGCACUUGACAUAAGAGGUGGAAUACAUAAGCCACCAAACCCACGACAGAGGUUCAAAAGGGCAACGCGCGUCAUCACCACGAUUCAACUCUAUUUCAUCUCUUAGAGGGGCCCUUCUGAGAACAAAAAAGAAAAGAAAAGAAGGGAAAUAGAUAUCUAGAGGCGACAACAUACACAAAAUGAUGCAGCAAUUGUUCACGACAGCGGCCUUGUCCGCUUUGACAUAUGGCGCCUUUGGUACUGCAGCGACAGUGUCGCGCUGUCCAACGAGCAACGUAUGCUACCAGGUCGGUGUGCCCGAGGCUUCGGCCUCGUCUGCCCAGGGCAACAUCUAUAUGCAACUACGAGCGCCGACGACCUAUAGCUGGGUGGCUCUCGGAACCGGGCAACAAAUGAGGGGAGCCAACAUCUUCGUCAUGUAUGCAAACGGUGAUGGCAACGUGACGGUAUCUCCACGAUACGGUACCGGCCACUCACCACCGCAACCUCAAAGCGACACGCAUAUUAAGCUACUGGCUGGUAGUGGUAUCGUCGAUAACGGACAAACUAUGGUAGCCAACAUCCAAUGCAGCAACUGCGAGAGCUGGAACGGUGGCAGUGGUUCCCUGGACCUGACGGACACCAGUGCCAACUUCAUCGCUGCGUGGAAAGGGGGUAAUGCGCUCAACAGCAACAGCUUGGAUGCUAGCAUCAGCAUCCACGACUCAAAUUCUCAGUUCACCUUCGAUCUGACUCAAGCUACUAUCGCUAGCGACGGGAAUCCAUUCGUAAACGCUGGCGAAGGCACUACGCCGCCAAGCGGCAAUACUGGCUCCGGGGAUGGCAGUUCAUCGGUUAGCGAAAUUCCUAAACUUGCUUCGGCCCACGGAAUCAUAAUGAGCAUCGUCAUGGUCGUCCUAUACCCCAUCGGCUCUGUCCUGAUGCCUCUGUUUGGCAGUUGGAUGCUGCACGGAGUGUGGCAGAUUGGCUCGUUCCUAGUCAUGUGGGCAGGUUUUGCCGUCGGUGUCAUUCUCGCCCAGCGCACUGGAAUUGAAUUCGGCUCGACGCACACUCUUCUCGGCACCGUUGUCGUUGCGCUCUUCGGUGUCCAGCCAAUUGGAGGUUAUCUCCAUCAUCUUCAUUACGUCAAGCACCAGAAGCGUGGUCUAGUUUCGCAUGGGCACAUUUGGUAUGGUCGCGUCCUGCUCGUUUUGGGUAUUGUCAAUGGCGGUCUCGGCCUUGAGCUUGCCUCCGCCGACCGGUCCUUAGUCAUCGCAUACUCCGUUGUUGCUGCUGUGCUUUUCGCAGUCUACGUCGGAGGCGCUAUCUUCGGCGAAGUCAAGCGAGCCCGUACUAGAGGGCUUGCAGACCGGGCCCGAAAGAAUAGCAGCGAGUAAACAGAUACAGGGUUUAAAAGUGUUAUAGAUGGGUACCUAGACUGGUUGGGAUGAGGGAGAGCGGGAUAUAAUGGGUAUACGCUUUUCAGGUCGCAAGAAUUCUGUAGACAUUGUAAUGUUCGAUAUGAAAUGGCUUUGUUGGGCGAGCCGGUACUGGUAUACCCUCAUUUUUCUCUUGUUAGAUGUUAUGGCUCAGGCAAAGGCUAGCUUACGAUCGCUUGAACCCCUUGGCGUUUCUCUGUUGUCAAUUACUUGAAUUGAAAAUUUAGGUAAAAGUACCUCAACUCCUACUCCCUAAAUCAAUUGGUUGCUUCACGAAUUUCCGUCUGACCAAGUACAUCGCGCUUGGUGAUGCAGCCUCGUGUAAUUACCAGGCCCAUAGCUAUAGGCAGCACAGGGCAUUAGACCACCUGAUAGAGAGAUUGCCCAUAUUUGUGACGACUAUAGGUAACCGCUGAACUUGAACAUCAAUUGAUAGAGCUUGGGUGAGGCUUUUCAGGUGCUUUCUAUAUGGGUAGGUUUUGAUAGCAAGCACUCUUGGAGUCGUCAACUAGGUAACCUAGCCUGUUC